UCUGGAUGGCUAGACCCAGUACUAUGCAAGAGAUCAGAUGGCAAAGAACUUUCAGUCGUAGGGGACAUGAUGUGAUGUAUUAUUCAUACACUGCUUUGACUGUGUAGCAGCCUGCAGCAUUAUCCGAGUGUGGUGCCAAGUGGCUUGGACGAAAAAUGGACACGCUGAAGAUAUCAUGGUUUCUAUGUUUGGUUCUGUCAUAUUCAAAGGGUCACAUUGGAUAUACGUGUUAUGACGGUUUCUCCUACCUUGCGACUACUAACCGUUGCUACAAGUACAUCGAUGACCAGGUUACACAAACGGUAGCUCAAAUCAUGUGUGAAGCCAUCUUCGCAACUUUGGUGCAGAUGACAGCGUUUGACGUUGAGGCUUUAAUCAAGCAGCGGAGGGGGAUAGACGGAGACUCUGAAAGUUCUGUGUGGCUUGGGAUGAACUACGACGGGUCUACACUGAAAUGGACAGAUCUGGAUGUGCCAGUUAGCAACGGAUACACGCAUUGGGACUCAACACAACCCGACACGAUUUCCAGAUGCGCGGUUAUGACCAGCGCCACUGACUUCUCAAAGUGGAGGAGCUACCCAUGUACCAGCUUAGCCGGAGGAAUUGCCUGUGAACGGGAACCUGAAUUAAAGACAGAUGAGGUCAACAUUGCUCUCGGCGCAGAGAUCAAUAUGAUAAUCGGCCUGGACGGUAACCUGGCGUUGGAUGGAAUCCAAAAGCUUGACCCCUCCUCCUGCACUACUAACUCUUAUCUCAACAACUUUUGGCUAGUGAUCAACCUGCCAAACAUUUACAGCAUUCAACAAAUCGGCAUAUUCGCAAAAUAUCCCGCGGCGAACACUGAAGUGCAUAUCAGUAGCACCUGUUCUGACAGAGACGAGUGCUGGUCUCGCUGCACGCAAGUCGCCACUAAGAAAGGAACACAAUGGAUACCCACAUGCGAUGCUGGCUUCAGUAACGAUGCAAUGUUCAUCCAACUAAAAUUUCCAAGUGUCCAAACCAUAAGUAUCUGCGAAAUCAUCGUCCUGGGAGUUCCAGUGAGUGUCACAACCAAAACUUCCACAACCACAACGUCCGCAACUACAACGACAACCACAACUUCCACAAACACGCCCACCACAACGCUCACAACCACGCCCACAACUACAACGACAACCACAACCACCACAACGCCUAUCACAACGCCUACCACAACGCCCUCAACAACGCCAUCAACAAGGCCCCCAACAACGCCCACCACAACGCCCACCACAACGCCCACAACUACAACGACAACCACGCCAACCACAACGCCUAUCACAACGCCCACCACAACGCCCUCAACAACGCCAUCAACAACGCUCCCAACAACGCCCACCACAACGCCCACAACCACGCCCACAACUACAACGACAACCACGCCCACCACAACGCCUAUCACAACGCCCUCGACAACGCUCACAACUACAACCACGCCCACCAUAACGCCUAUCACAACGCCCUCAACAACGCCGACAACGUCCCCAACAACGCCCACCACAACGUCCACAACAACGCCGACCACAACGCCCGCAACAACGCCCACAACCACGUCCACCAUAACGCCUACAACAACUACAACGCCCGCCAUGACAUCCACAGGCACAGCGCCCACCACAAUCACAACGCCAUCAACAGCCACAACGACAUCCACGACAUCCACAACCAAAGCGCCCACCACAACCGCGACCGCAAUCACAAACACAGCGCCUAGCACAUCCACACCCACAAACACAUUUUCAACGCAUACCGCAACCACAAUUACAACCACAACUUCAACGCCUACCACAGCCACAACCACACCUGCACCGUUUACCUCCACGUCGGUCACGUCACCUUCGACGAUACUGUCAUCAACGUCGACCGGUUCAUCGACAUCUCUUGCUGCCGUUACAACCGAUGCUGUCACAACACCUCAUCCAGAUGGACAGGUUCUUGCUUGGGAUAGCUAUGGAAGAGCAAUACGACAGAAGUGCACGUGUCGGUGUAGACCCGCGGCAGUUCCAACGGUGCAAGAAGAGGCUGUUCAAAGAGGAGAAGAACUGCAAAAUGAUCUAGCAGUUGAAACAGAACUCUUGACGACAGAAAUUGCUAAGAAGGUCAGUAAACAGGACGACAGAAAGUCCUCAAAUGUCAUUGGGAUGUCAGGGAUUGUAAUGUUAGUACUUCCCUUUGUCUUCAUCGUUGUACCAGACCUGCUGACAUUCUUGAAGUGGUUGUGUAGGUGUCGAUGAUGUGUUUGUGACGGGUGCCUACGAUGGGGCAGGAUACGCUCGCCUUUUCGUGAACAGCUAGUAUCAUCACUAUUUGAUAUUGAUUUCCAAACACAUGUUUAUGAUAAAGUCCUAAUGCAUUCUCGUUUAACAUGUGAUUAUGGAAAGGGUUUUGCCGCUUUAUUGUGCAUGUACAGCAGUGGCGUUGGUCAAACGAGAUGUUAUAUCACCGUUUCGUAAGUACACAUCCAGCAAGAUGUAUCAUUCUUUUUUGUAAUCAAUAGCUUGAUAGAAAAGGAACACAUUCUUAUUAGAAAUGUCAAACAAAUAUGGUUUUAAAAAAUAUGUUAAUAUGGAGGUGAGGUGAAGUGAAAUGGGGUUUACCGUCGCG